AUGGCACCAAUCCUCACCUCCAACCCGACCCUCACACUCGUUCCGGAACCUCUUACCCCUACAAGCUUCGCUCCAUUUGGCACAGCGAUUUGCUCACCCAUUCCACGAGAUCUCAAUGUUGCUCCUCAGCCCUCCAAUCUUCCACCUUUCGAGCCCACACCAGUACUCGCGAACCAGAACUCCGCACUGAAGUACAGUCCCAUCUCGCCAAUGCUGGACCGCUACUCAAGUGGUCCAAGCGGCCAGGCGAGCUCAGCACGAAUGACCAUGUUCUGCUGCUUCCCACGCAAACUCCGAACAAUUACUCAAGCUCAGAAACCUGACAGUGAAGUUUUUGACGUUCGAAUCCUUGAGCGUCACCCAUUCACCAAUCAGACAUUUAUUCCCGUUGAUCUCUCAAGUCAUUCGAAGGUUGGAGAUGGUGAGGAGGAACCUAUAUUUUUGGUUGUUGUUGCGCCUACAUUGAAGGGGGCGGUCGCAACUGCCAAGAAUGCUUCUGGGGAAACUAUCACAAUCCGGGACCCGCCCGACCUCAAAAAUAUAAAGGCGUUUAUUGCGAAGGGUGGACAGGCUGUGACAUAUGGCGUUGGAACAUGGCAUGCGCCCAUGGUGGUUCUGGGUCGCCGACGUGUGGAUUUCGUAGUUGUGCAACAUGUUAAUGGUGUGGACGAUGAGGAUUGUCAAGAGGCCGCUUUUGGGGAGGGCAUUGUGGUGAACCUGGGCGAAAGAGGACAAUAUGGCCGGAAUAUGAAGGCACCAGCCAAGCUGUGGUCUGCGAAGCUGUAG